CAUGUGCUCGGGCACCUCGGCGAGACGGACGCGCGCGGACCAUGCCUGUGGCAGCAACUGCAGCAACAUGACUCGAGUGUGCUGGUGGGUGUGCUGCUUGGUCCUCCUAGUCCCAGAUGCCAGCUGCAUUGGCUGGGACCAGUGGUGGACAUAUGACGGAAUAUCAGGUCCAGCUUUCUGGGGAUUGAUCAAUCCCGAUUGGGGCAUGUGCAACAAAGGUCGGCGGCAGUCACCGAUCAACCUAGAGCCAUCGAAGCUGCUGUUCGACCCCAAUCUGCGGGUGCUGCACGUGGACAAGUCGCGCGUGGCCGGAACUCUGGCCAACACGGGUCACGGGCUGCUCUUCACCGUGGACAACUCGUCGCGGGCCGUCAACGUCACGGGCGGGCCGCUCAGCUACAAGUACCAGUUCCAAGAGCUGCACCUCCACUGGGGCCUCCACGACGGCUCCGGCUCCGAGCACUGGGUCAGCGGAAGUCCCUUUCCGGCUGAGAUCCAGCUGUUGGGCUUCAACUCGCAACUGUACAGCAACUUCUCGGACGCUCUGAACAGGGCCCAGGGCAUCGUGGGCGUCUCGCUUUUGCUGCAGCUGGGUGACUUGUCCAACCCGGAGUUGCGGUUAUUAACUGACCAGUUGGAGCGAAUUCGUUAUGGUGGACAAGACCAGGAAGUGCGUCGGCUGUCGAUCCGCGGGCUGUUGCCAGACACGGACCACUACAUGACCUACGACGGCUCUUUCACGUCGCCGGCGUGCCACGAGACCGUCACCUGGGUGGUGCUCAACAAGCCAAUCUACAUCACCAAACAGCAGCUGCACGGCCUGCGACGUUUGGUGCAGGGCGAGGAGUCGACGCCCUCGGCCCCCUUGGGGGGCAAUUUUCGACCCCCGCAGCCGCUUCACCACAGACCAGUCCGCACCAACAUCGAUUUCAACAAACAGGAGGGCAUGAAGCACUGUCCUUCCAUGAACCGCGAGGUGUACUACAAGGGUAAGAAUCCACAGAGCACUCUCAACCUCGAGUCAUUCGAAUUGCUCUAAAAACCAACAGUUGGGGAGAAACGUAAUCGGCGGCGGCGGCGGUCGAGAGAGGAGCCGGAACGUGAGAAAAUUUUGCGAGUGCGUGCGCGAGUGCGACGGAUGGAGAGAAAUAUAGAAUAGGAAAUAAAUAAAUACAUGAAGAAGAUCGCAUCAACCAACACAUAUCAAACGAAUGAGACGCUCACUUGUGAUUCCACCUGCUGACAAAUUGUUUAAAAAUGAAUGUGUGCGUCGUGUAGAUCCAUAAAAGUAAGUGCGCGCGGCCCCAAUCAUGGAAAUGGACAUCCCCGUGUAGAUAAAAGGAUAAAAAGCGAGCGAGCAGCCGGUUUGAGUGAUUUCGGUUCCGAUUUUAUUGCCUCUCGUAUAAUAUAAAAAGCGGACGCUCCCUUCGCUCUCUCUCCCCUUUUUUAUUUUAUUUUUACCGUUCGCAAAAAUGAUGCCUUCCGCGGAACGAUGAUGAUCACGAUGAUUCGAAUGUAAUGAGAGCUUUAUACGCAUAUAUAUCAUGUUCUCCCCCCACCCCAAGUGUAUGGACGUGCAAUAAUCCACUUUGUUUCGAAUUUGCCGCUCGGACGAGCCGGACGCUGGUGCUGCUUGAAAAACUAAUUUUGAUACGUUGUUGCGGCCGUGAGAGCUCAUUCAGAAAUAUAUACACACAUAGCGAGCCUCUUAUCUUGUUGGCAGGUGAAUCUCUAAUUUUAAUUACGUAAAUCACACAUAUCUUUGCUGUUGAAUUUCUGUGGCCGCUCUGUGAAAUUUCAAGCGCCGAUUGCAUUUACAUAAUUAGCUUGACGUGCGCAUUAUUCUUCGUGAUUAAUUAAUUUCGGCGGACAGACGACAUGUUUUGUGUGUGCGUGGAUUCCUUUGGAGCCGAUAUGAAAUCAUUAUAAAACUUGUGUCUGCAUGUGUGCGUGAGAUCGGCUCGAAAUGCUGGUGAAAUGGAUAGAGUCAAUUUUAGAAUAUCUCUGAAUAAAUCUCAUCUCCAUUGAGACGGUGGUUUGCAAUUUUGUUAGUUAAUUACAUUUUGUGCGCUUCCACAGUAAUUUAAGUUCAAAUUUAAACGUAUUAAAAAGGAUAUUUUAAAGAUUUUAUAACUCUUUAAAAAUUAAAAUAAAUGUUAUGUUUUUUUUUAAUCGUCCAGAUGACAAUUUUUAAUUAAAAAAAUCCCUAACCGUUAUUAGAACUACUCAAAACUUGUUAACUUGUUUAAAGAAAAUUAACAGUAAUUUCAAUGGCAUUUCUUUCUCAUAAUUAUAAUGUUUUUCUCUGAGAAUGAAAUUUUCAAACUGACAAAUUUGCGACCACAUUUCUCUUUAAAUUAAGAUUUUUGAACACCUGACGAAAUUGCUUCAAUUGGCAUCACUAUAUUUGUGAGAAAAGUACUUCUCAUCGUCUUUUAACUGAAGAAAUUUAAUGAAGGAAAGACUUAUCAUCUAGAUAUGGCAAUCAACCCAAUGCGUUUUGUAGUAGUUUGAAUGGCCUAAUUGCAAAACUUAUUCAAUUUGCUUCCGCUCCAAUUAUGAAUGAAUUUGAUUGAUUUCAAUUACAACUUUCAUUGAAUCGCAUACAUAUAAAAUACAAGACAUAAAACAAAUAUAUAACAGAACUGAUAAUAAAUGUACGUUAUAAGGAGAUGUUUGAUAGAUCGUGUACUUUCCGUGGUGUAAAAGAACUUCUCCGAUUGAUUGAUACAUACCCCUAGCAGAACAAACUCUGUGAAGCCAAGAAGUUUUUAAUAGAAAAAAAAACAACCAUAGAAAUGCUACUAUACUGCUGAAUUGGAUGUUCAUGUGCAUGUACAGAAAUUAAACGAUAUGUUAUAUUUAUGAUGAAAGAGGGGCAAGGAGUUGUGGAAAUUAUAAUUAAUUAAAUCGAAACACACUUUUAAUGUAACUGUUGCCUAAUUAGUCUGACUGAUACGGAAAUGUAUAUCAACAAAAACUGUAUAACUGUAAAUUAUGAAUUUUAAUUGAAAAAACAAACUGGCUUGCUCCCGCGUUACUUAUGAAUAAAUAAUGAAAAAAUAAUGUAUAAAUCUUGUUAUAUUCUUGUCAGCUGACCUAGGGAUUGUUGAAUUACGCAGCCAUCAAUUACUUUGGUUGGUCCAACAAUAAUUCUAAUUUUUUUUGCUGUGUAAACACAGGCUACGUGACUUUCUGGUGGAAACAAAAUUAAAAAAAAAAAUACACUAUACUCGGGCACAUAUUUGCAUUUUGCUCGUUUAACUUUGACGCAGGCCGCGGUGCGUGAUUUAUUUUCCAAUUUUUGGCAUUUCGCCCCUCGGAGGAUUAAACCGGUGCCACUAUAAGCCUUGCAUUUAUUUUUUUUCGACGCGUGGAAUAAAUUUUUGCUUUGUCGUUGCCGAUUCAAAAACUCUUGCUGGGCGAGAAGUUAUUCGAAAUGGAAAAAUAUCAGCUUUCGCGGAAUAGUUCUAAAAAGAGGCUUACGUUUGAUUUGGAAAUCUGAUCGGAACGUGCGACGGAUUGCGAGGGAUUUGCGGAUUUGCUCCCCAAAUAUCAGUGAAAAGCUGCUAUAUUGCGUGGUUUCCUCCCCAGUUUGAAUGAGCAGUCAAACAUGGUUGACAUAAAAGAGGAAGUAUAACAUAAUUUAAAAGCGCUCUGGGAUAUUUGUUAUCUCAUUAAUUUAAAUUUAAAUAUUUUAAAACAAGAAAGCAAAGCUUUUUGCAAAUAGAACGUAAUAUUUUUUCUCAUUAAAAAAAAUCUUGCCUAAAAAUAAAUAAAUAGAAGAUUGUAUGUUUAUAAAACAAAAACAAAAUAUUCAAUAUAAACAAUCAAUAAAUGAAAAAAUUUUAAACAGAGCUUUUCUUUAUCAAGAGUAAUAUAUUUUAAAGCAUUUUUCAUAAAAACAUUUAUCUGUAAGGAAUAUACUUUUUUUCGUAAUUUGCCUUGUUGAGUGCCACUUUCUUCAAUUAAUUAAAUUGUUUCCAUUACCUUUUAUGACUGAAUAUCACAAUUUUCAUUUACAUAAUUAUACUUUUUUUAAAUUUACAGAACUAACUAAAAAUGAAAUAUAGAAUUGGCAAAAUUGCUAUCAUUUCAUACAUUUCUUUAGAUUAAAAAAAUAAAAUAGUUAAUAUUUUACCUUCAUAAACAUGAUUUUUUCAAGAUAAAGCGAUGCAAGAAUGUCUUAAUUGAUUCACCCAACGUAAAAUAACGUAUUCCCGUCAGAGUCGUUCUUGAAUUUGUAAAAAAAUUGCAGUUUUCCUUGUAGAAUAAUGAAGCUGGUUGGGCUUGGAAAUAAAAAUCGAAUGUUCUGUUUGCUCAUCGGGCGGUGUAAGGAUCAAUUAGAUUUGACCUGUAGAGACGUGAGGAGCGUGUUUGUGUGCGAGUCAAAUCCUCUGCGGGGCGCAACAAAACCCUUAUUUUUUUCCUUUUCUUCUCGCUUUUUCUCUUUUAUACCCUUUCUUUCUUUCUUUCUUUUCCGAGACGGACGCGCAGCUGUGCUGCUCGAAUUUCUUUCGCUCGUCUCCAUUCAAGCGAAAUUUCCCAUGCGUUUUGUAACACCAGACGCGCGGCGAGAGGUUUCCUUCCAACCGCGAUCCAUUUCUUUUUUGAUACUCCGAUGGUUAUGUUUUUAUGUAUUCAUACCCGACGCUUCUACUCGAUUUGAGCCGUGGAAAAAACCUCCCGCCGCUCGAUUAAUUGGCACUUUGUCGACUUUUAUUGCUUUGGCGUGUCGCUGGCCUGAUGUUGGACAAAAAGCUGUAAAUCUUGGGCGACUCGUUUUAUUUAUAUUUUAUUUUUAUGUGAUGCUUUACUGACGACUGUUGAUUUAUGACAGGCGAGUUGUUUGAUUUUCUGACAAUCUAGAAAAGUGUAUAUGCAAUCAAAAUAUCAAAAUUAUGACAAAAACAGA